CCCAGUUUUGCAUCAAGGCUUUGGUGGAGCUGCUGCACCACUUAGCAGGUCUACCCGUCGCAGGCUCUUGCGCACGAAUCACGUCGACAUGGUCUGUGACGAUUCCCAGCACGCUCUAGGACAUGUACCUUGGCUCACAUUGUCCACGGUCUUGUCGUGGCCCUUCGUGCGAGCGCUCUGGGCUUAGAGUGCUUACGGCGAAGGUGCCGUGAUCGUUCCCCUCUGCAUGGGCGCUGCCAACCUGGUCGACGUGCCCGAUGCUAGGUGCCGCGAGCGACCUGCAUCGAGCCAGCCGCUGCCCGACCGCGGGGUCGAGGCGGGCCCGCGGGCCGCCCGCGCAGCCCGGCGCCAGAGGGACUACGGCGGGGAGCCCGCGACCGACGAGCUUGGCCCGACUGCGCUCGCGAAGCAUGCCGCGAGGGGGCAUCGGGGUGACAGGUGCGAGCGCGCAGUUAGCCAGUUCGACCUGUGGCGCGCGACGGCCGUCGCGGCGAUCGACCCCACUUGGCAGCUAGACGCAGCGGUGACGGCCCUCCUGCACGAGCAGUUCCUCGAGGGCCCCCCGAGUUUCGCAGGGGCCUGCCCGCUGGCCGCCCUGGCGCGCUGCCGGCUGGACCUGUCGCCCAAGUCGCCGGAUCUCGCGCGAGCAAGGCGGGCCACCCUGCUGGGCCUGGCGAGGGCGGCGCCCCGCCGCUCGCGCUGGCCCCUCCCGCGGCCGCUCGCGGCGCUGGUAGCGAGCGCCAUCGUCGACCAGAUGCUCGGGAUCGCGGCGGCUGCGACGCCCCUGUGCUUGUGGAGUUCGCGCGCGCGCGACCUGGGCCGCCCUGUUUUCCAGGCCGCGGUCGUCGUGGGCCUCGGCGCCCCGGGGCCGCCCGAGAUGCCCGCGCGGCCGCAGCGGGCCCCCGCGAUCGCCCGGCAGCGCGCCCCCGCCGUCGCGGCCAGCAUCGGCAACGGGAUCUUGGACAUGCUGUCCAUCGGGCGGCGCGGGGAGGUCGUGGCCUGGCUCGAGGACGCCCUGGCCGAUCUGGACAUCGGAGACGCGGGGCGCCUCGAUCCGCAGGGCGGGGAGCUCGAGGUUGCAGCGGAGGUGGGUGGGCGCCCGGCGACCAGCGACGCGCCGCCGCGGCCGCUGGACAACUGCGACCGGGUGUUGCCGCUGUUGUAUCUCGGCGGGCUAGAGUCCACGGCUGAUGUGCAGCGCAUGGUGCGUGAGGGCAUCUGCGCCGUCGUGUGUUGCAUGAGGGAGUUCGAGUUCCCCAGCAGCACCUUUAGCGACCAGCUGCUUGAUUACUUUCGGGUGGACGUGGAGGAUGUCGGCCGCGAGCCCAUCGAAGCGUUCAUUCCCGAGGCGCUGGCGUUUGUGCACGCGCGCAUCUCGCGCGGGCAGGCGGUCCUGGUGCACUGUCGCGCUGGCGUUUCACGCAGCACGGUGGUGGUCAUCGCCUACCUCGUCGUCCACCAAGGCCGACCUCACGCUGCGGUGGCGGGUUUGUCCUGA